AGGAAGCUAAAAAUUGCUAGAACCCGAACAGCCGCCUUCAGGUUGGUCUACACGGGUAAAACCCACCCAUAUAUCAUACCUGCAAGGCCAACAAGGCAUGUCAACGGUGGUUGAUGCAGCAAAAAAUGUGUUUCUGACUGUGAGAGGGCGACCUGCGUCAAGGCGGACGAUACGAGGGCACAAAAGCGAAGUGGAGGCAGUUGCAUUCUUCAAAGACAGUCAGCGGGUCGUCACUUGUUCAAAAGACACAACUCUGCGAAUUUGGGACGUGCAGAAAGGAGCAUUGAUAGGAGGGUCAUUUGAAGGACACAAGGACUGGGUGCGAUCAGUCGCCGUAUCCCCGGACGACAGGCGAAUGGUCAGUGGGGGAAGGGAUAAGAGGAUCAUCAUGUGGGACGUCGAGAGCAAGCAGAUGGUAUUCGAACCGCUGGUGAAGCAUACCCACUGGGUAGAGUCUGUGUGCUUCUCCCCCGAUGGAAAGAGAUUCGCCAGCGGGUCGCAAGACUUCACAGUUGUUGUAUGGAACGCUGAGACUGGUGCAGUCAUCACGACGCUCGACAGUCAUCGUGGAUCGGUAUGGAGUGUGGCGUUUAGCCCAGAUGGCCUAAAAUUAGCCUCCGGUUCAUCGGACUGUAGCAUCCGAGUUUGGAAUGCCGUCAACCCCGAGCUUCUCUUCGAGAUUGACGCUCACAAAAAUCCAGUUCGAAGUGUUGUGUGGUCGUCCGACGGCCAGCAACUUGUCUCUGCAUCAUAUGGAUCAGUCAUGUUCUGGAAUUCAUCUAAUGGAGACCAGAAUGGUCUCACUUGCACCGGUCACACUGACUGGAUCCGCUCGCUCGAUAUCUCUUCUGAUAACUCCUUCAUUGCCGCCGCCUCGGACGACAAGACUGUCCGACUGUGGAGUACAAAGACCCACAGAAAUAUAGGACAGGCACUCGAACACCUCGCUGGUCUCUUAUGUGUUGCAAUUUCUCCUGAUGGGAAAUGGCUCGUCAGCGGAGAUAACGAAGGGAGGGUUUGGUUCUGGUUCUUGAAGAACAUACUCAAGCAAUACGAGGCAGAGGUAGAGCAACAGAGACAACUUACUAAUCGGACUUCUAAAACUCUGUCAACACAUCUCAUCCAACCUAGCGAUCGCGACAGCAUAAUCAAAAAAUUCGACUUCCUCGCUAUAAAUACGACCAUUCGCGAUGCAGGAUACUUUCAUACACCUGAAGAGCUGCUAGUCCAAGAGAUCGAUGCCGAUAACAACAAUUCUGACUCCUACGCCAAUCGCUCAAUUGUAAGGGCGCGAAUUUUCGACUGGGACAAUGCGCUUCAAGACGCAGUCAAGUCAAUUUCCAUUCAACCCUCGUUAAUGGGCUACAUCUCUAAGGGCAUUGCUCUAUGCGGCAACGACCAGGUUUUAGAUGCCAUGGAAGCUUUUGAUCUCGCGUUCGUAUUUUCGAAUCGUGAUCCAAUGAAUAUCGAUCUUUUACUAUUGAUCAAGGCUGUUGCGCUUUUCAAUGCAGGUCGCCAUGAUGAGGCAAUGCGGCGAGUUCAAGACCUCGCAACCGCUUGUCAACAAUUAGAUACACUUUCUUGUAGGGUCGUUGAGGCAUAUCUACUCGUGCAGCUUGCAACAAUCGACUUCCAGAGUGGACAGUACAACGAAGCCGCGGAUCAAUUCACAGCAAACAUUAACACCAUAACCCGCUUGUUCUUGCACGCAGCACUUUUGGAACCUAGAUGGAAGAUUUUCACACUGCUCUUCGGCUGGGACUUUGACUCGUUGUGGCAAACUGUCAACCAAAGACGGUGUGACUCGUUACUCCGCGCUGGUCGACUGACCGAAGCGGUCGAAUCUCAUCAAUACAUGAUGAGCAGGAUUAGCGACGCUGCGAAGGACAGCUGCCUUGAAUGGUCUACCAGUAAAUAAUUUAAGGUGUCGAAUAACCGAACAUUGAUACUCAUAGUGAUGCCAAUUAGCCUUCAAACAAGACUGCACUGCACGCUGUGUUGCGAAGGCACACAUGGAUGUUUCUGCGAGCAAUCAUGAGAUGGCCGUCAAACUCUAUUCGGCAGCGAUUGAGAUGGAUUCCUCGAGUCACUACCUCUUUACACACCGCAGUCGAGCAAAGUUGGGACUAGGCUUAUAUGCGGAUGCCCUUCACGACGCGGAAAAGGUCAUCGAACUCGACCCUUCGUCUCAUGUUGGGUAUAAAUUACAACAUGCAGCGCUUCAUGAAGCACAACGCUAUGAU